ACUCUUCAGCGAGAGGAAAGUCGGUCAGUGGGCUUCGUCCGAUCCGGCCAAUUCUGAUUCAGAAGGAGAAACGCACACGCGAACAGCGAGACAGUCGAACGAAGAGAACCUGCCGUGAUAGUUCGCAAGAAGUUGUUUUUUUUUGUCAUUUUGGAGGAACGUCGAGUUCUAUUCAAGCUGCGCCAGUGAGUUUUCGAUUGGAUUGUGUUUUUGGUGUGCGCGUGAUGAAUGUAGGCAACAUGAUCCUCAAGUGGCCGUUGCUUUUGGGAUUGUUCUUGCUUGCAGUGGUUCAAGUGCAAUGCAGAAGCAGAGAUCGAAUCGUUGAAUCAACCUCAAAAUGCCCCAUGCUGACCGAAUGCCCGCUUAGAGCUGAGCAGUGCCAAGAAGAUGACGACUGCGCUCUGGAUGCGGUUUGCUGUAAAAGUCCAUGUGGCAAAGUUUGCACCAAGCAGCUUUUUACUGGUUGUCAGACCCUCCGAAUGGCAGCAUCCAGAAGAGCGAAAUCCCUGGGAGUCGAAGCCAAAGGCGUAAGAAUGCCGCGAUGCAACAGAAAAGGGGGUUUCGAACCCAUUCAAUGUGAUAACGAAAUCGUCAGCACCUGUUGGUGUGUGGAUGAAGCAGGAUUUGAACGUGCUGGAACAAGAGCUCCUGCUGCCGCACUCGUAAACUGUACAGCUCCUAAAGCGUGCGCUGACGCCACUUGCCGAAUGUUCUGCCCUCACGGCUUCGCCCUCACCAAGGAAGGAUGUCCAAUGUGCCGCUGCAGAGAUCCCUGUGACGAUAUUAAAUGUCCCAAUGCGCUGGAGUGUCAUUUGGAAAAACUGGCAUGUGCUGAUCCACCCUGUCCACCUGUUCCAACAUGCAAACGGGGCAGGAGUUUGGAAAACAUCUGUCCUGUGGGAGACCCUUUAAGAAUCAGUGACACCGUACGGCCGUUUUUGUGCGGAAACGAUCCAGGAAAGCCCACAUGUCCACCAAUGUAUCAAUGUCUGGUUCAAAAAGACAAUGACUACGGUGUAUGCUGUCCGGCGUCUCUAAAAUUUCAAAAAACUGGACAAUGUCCUAGCGCAGCAGACAUCACAGAUUUGGACUGCGGUACCUUAUGCUCCCACGAUCUUGAAUGUUCGUCUGUACAAAAGUGUUGUCAGACUGAUCAGUGUGGAGCGUCUUGUAUGCAUCCCAAGAAUGUAACAGAAUGUUAUCACCAACGAGCUCUAUCGGAAGUGUUAGCAGUGAGUGAAAGAGCUGGCAGAGGAUACGUGCCUCAGUGCACUGCGGACGGUCAAUUCGAACCUAAACAAUGCAGUCGAAAUGGCCUGGUUUGUUGGUGCGUGGACCGUAUGGGCCGAAAGCUGAAAGGUUCUAUGGGGCCAGCAGACGCCGUUAAUUGCUCAAUUGUGGAAGCGCGUGCAAUAACAGUGGCUCGAAGCCUGGACAAAAAUGGCAAUGAAUGCGAUCAGCUCGAAUGUGCAGCAGUAUGUGAAUACGGUUUCAAGCUGGGUGAUGAUGGAUGUCAUACAUGCAAGUGCGACGAUCCUUGCGAUGGAUACACCUGUCCAGAAGACGAAGAGUGCGUUAAUGUGAAAGAGAUCAGUUGCUCAGAUUUUCUUUGCCCGUCUCUACCAGUUUGUCGACCGAAAGCAGUGUAUGCGAACCCAUGUCUUCAAGGAACUCCUCUGACUGAUGAUUUGAUUGGCGCCCCAGUUGCGUGCGCUUUAAGAUCUGAAGAAGGUACCAUUUGCCCAAAUGCCUUCGAAUGUACCUCAGUACCCGGGUCAACUCAAGCAGUAUGCUGCCCAGUGGAGGAAGUAGACGGAGUGGAUCCGCUGAAUGGAGAAGCUUCAGAAGAUUUCAACCUUCGAGCUGAGGAAAGGCCACAAACAAUGUGCGAAUAUCUGAGGAGAUUCACCGAAAGCAUGGAGGGAACAAGAGAAGGAAUGACUUUAGCUCUGCCAACUCCAGAGUGUGAUCCGGAAGGAAACUAUCUUGCCACGCAAUGCGAAACUAAUUCACAUGAAUGUUGGUGCGUGGAUAAUUUUGGCACCGAAAUUCCUAAUUCCAGACGUGCAGAUAACUCAACCAACUGCGAGGCACUGAGGAAAACCAUGGACUGUUUGGAUCUCACUUGUAGAAUGGGCUGUGAAUACGGCUUCAUUUUAUCAGAAGAAACUGGAUGCCCCACUUGUCAGUGCAGAGAUCCAUGCAGCGGUGUGCUCUGCAAAGAGGACGAGCAAUGCCAGCUGGUAGAAGUGAGUUGCAGGGAUCAAUAUUGUCCACCAGUACCAGCUUGUCUUCCAAAGAAAAUGGGCCAGUGUCCAUACUUGGUUCCAGCCGCAGCGCCCACCUGCGAUUUUGAAUGUAACUCGGACUUGUCUUGCAAUGGAACGAUGCGAUGCUGUUCCAAUGGAUGUGGCACUCAUUGCGUUGAACCAUUGCUACUAACAGGUUGUCAGCAUCAGAAGACUUUAGCUCUGCAUCAGGCGCAUGAGUCCGGAAUUCCGGCGGGAAAAGUGUACAUACCCACUUGCACUGAUGAUGGCGAUUAUGCCUCGAAACAGUGCAAUCAUGGAACGAAAGAAUGUUGGUGCGUAGAUGAGCGAGGUUUCGAAAUAUCCCAAUCCCGAACCCAAGAUUCCGAUCUAAAUUGCGACGGCAAAUUUGCAGCGCAUAAUUGUUCAGAAUUGGAUUGUGAGGAGUGCGAACACGGAUAUAUGAUGAAUGAUGAUGGCUGUAGGACCUGCGACUGCGUCCAGCCCUGCUCCAGAAUUUCUUGUCGAGGUGAAGGAGAGACGUGCAGACUGGUGGCGGUGGAGUGCGUUAACCUGCCUUGCCCUUCGGUACCCAUGUGCCUACCCAAGAAGGAGAAUCCAUGCCAGAAUGGGGAGCCUCUCAGGUUGGGCAACCGGGAUGAAUUGUUCACGUGUGGACCUGAGGCAGAAAGCUGUCCUUCGUCGCAUAAAUGUCAAUUAAGCCCUGUAGGAGAAUAUGCAGUCUGCUGCCCUAAACCCAGAGACGUUUGCUUUGAGCCGCUGGAUCCAGGAAAAUGCUUAGCAAGCGAAACAACCCGGAAUGUAACUCGCUAUUACUUCAAUUCCAGAACGAACAAAUGCGACACCUUUACGUACUCAGGGUGCCAAGGAAAUCACAACAAUUUUCAUAGCGAAAUGAUGUGCAGCUCCGUUUGUCCGGUCCUGAGUCAGUGCGAACGUUUGCGCGAAAAGAACCAGCGGGCUGCUGACCGGUACAAAAAACCCACAUUCGCUCCAAGGUGUGAGCCGCAGACGGGAAAUUGGCAGCCAGUCCAAUGCCUGGAACAUGUGGGAGUCUGUUGGUGUGUCACACCUCUUGGGGAGCCGCUCAAAGGAACCCUGACCAGAGGCGCUGAACCGGAAUGCAACUUUCGACAAGCGCGGAACAGGCCGGCUAGCAAUAGAAUCGAUUCUGCUAGUGAAGCUGACCUAGUUCUAGAAGAGCUAAUGAUGCAACUAGGAUCAAUGGACGAAGAAGAUCUGGUAUCGGAUGUUGAUAUUGAUCGAAUGGACACUGACGUCGACUUAGCCUUUCUAACAAGGUGCGAGGCGUUGGGUGGCCAAUGCGACACUGAUGGUAAGUUUCUGGCCACUCAAUGCGAAGAAGACACUUGCUGGUGUGUGGACGAGGCCGGAAAUCAGCUACCUGGCACCAGCACAUUUGUUAGGCAGCAAAAAACCUGCAGAGUUGUACCGGUGGAGAGCGCAGAAGUUACUUUGGCGUUCCGAGGUAAAUUCGAUGACAUUUUGGCCAUUCCAGUGGUGAACCAGAUAACGAAGACUGUUCAACGGCUGAAAGGGAACGUGAAUGACGAUGGAUUUCACACGCAUGUGACUCCUGAUGUAUUGUACGUAACAUUUUCUGUGAUUGGGAGUAACAAAGUUGACGUCGCCUACAGCUUGGAGCAGAUGAUCAUGCAGCAAAAACUUCCUGGACUGACUGCCGACAUCACAAGAUCCAGAGUGAUUCACAAAUUGUUGUCGCAAGAGAGCGAAUUAGGAGACAAAGCAAUGGCCCUACAGCACAGAGAAAUCGUUUCACAAGCGCCCGUUUCUGCAGUAGCUCCAUAUCAUACAGCUUUGAUUGUGAUUGCUGCUGCAUCCGCUUUCGUCAUCUCAGUUCUGACUGUAUUGGUAAUUUUGUACAGGAGAAAAAUGAACAGCAUAAAUCAGCAAAAAAUCACGGAAGAUAACAGAUGCGUUUCCGGCAGCAGGCCAAUCUACAUUGAAUUGCCCAACGAGAAAUAUCAUGCCAUAGCUGCGGUUCCUGCGUCGAAUCCUGCCUAUACAGCUCGCUAGGUGUUGCAAGUUUUGUUCAUUGUUGGUCAUUUCGCAAGAGGCGAAAUAAGUGAAAUACGUAUCGCUUAAGUGGUUUUAGAUGUUUAAUCAACAUACAGUAUGUACAUAAUGAAUUAUUUAGGAAAAUUAAAUUAUUUCAAAGACUA